UGACAUCGAUACCACUUGCAUCCAUUCGUAGGAAGAUACUAUAGAGGAAUAUUCAAGAAGUGGCAUCGAUCCCCUGAUUGUAUCACUCUAUCAAAUGGAUUUAGAUAGGACACAGUUCUUGUUGAGAUCAUAUAUUAGGAGUCGCUUGCAGAAGAUUGAGAAGUACAUGCUCUAUAUCUUGAAGUCAGAUGAACUUUUCAGACGUCUUUCUAAAGAAGAGAUAACAUUUACUGAUAGGUGUCGUCAUGAUAUGAAAAAACAUUUUGAUGAGAGUGUUCUAUCAAAAUUGCCAAAUAAUUAUCAGGACAUUUUGAGGCAAUCUAUAACAAGUGAAGAGGAUGACAUGGUUCCAGAACCUCCACUGGACACGUUUGUGGUCUGCAAAAGUAAGGAAUAUCUUGAACAUAUACAGCUUGAGGAUGAGGACGAGAGGGCAUCUAGUAGAAUAGAGGAGCCUUUUGAGAUGGAGGCCAAUGUAUUGCACAUUAUUCGCUACAGGCCCAUAAAAUCACUUGUAGAGAGCGGGAGAAUUGAUUUGCUGUAGACAAUCUCCAUAGCAGCUUUGGACAUCGGUGAUGGAGACUAUUUCAUUGGUUGCUUGGAUGCUAAUUUCAACAUUGGUUGAGCUCAUAAAUGAAAGGAAUGGUAGAGCAUCGAAAACAUUAGCGAAGGUUGGUGAGCCAUUUCAAUCUGAUAUCUCAUGAUAUUAAAUUAUGAAUAUAGCAUUACAGUGAAACCAAACAGUAUAAUUUAUAGCAAUCAGUUACACAUCAAUUAGAAAUGAUAGAUACUUUUAGAUGUUUAUUUACAAAUUUAGCCCAUGACCUUUGCGGUUUGUCUUUUCAAUACUUGAACUUUUAAAAGUUUUUAAUAUGUCUUUGAACUUUCAAUUU